AGAAGCAGAGCAGGUAUCCAAACAAAUUAGAAGUAAAAUAUAUGUAAAUAAAAACUACUACACUAAAGAACGAUCUGACAUAUCAGAAAUAUCAGAAUUAAUACUACCAGAAGAAGCAUUACAAUCAAUACUACAAACCAAUGAGUGGGUACAGAAAAGUAAAACAUCAUCAGAAAAAUGUGAAAAAGAAACAAGGCCACUAAUCCAAAAACCGAUUAGUGAAAUACAAGAAAUUAGCAAAAAAAAAUUUAAUGGACAAAGGAAAUCAAUAUCGGUACCACCAUCAUCACAAAAUAUUACUAUCAAUAUUUUACAAUACGAUUGA